CCCCCCCCCCCCCACACACACACACACCCCCGGGCCGCGAUCGUCUUCCUCGAUUCAACGAGAGUUGGAAGCGGGAUAGUUCUUGGGCCACCGGAAGCGUCGCACGCAUGGCAGAUGAGGAGGUAUCUGACCCAAAGGCACUCCUAGAGGAUCGUACGAAGGCUAAGUGUGUCUACCAGUGGUAUGAAUAUCAGAAAUGCGUUAAGAGAAUUGAAGGUGAUGAGACCGGGCAGAAGCACUGUACUGGCCAGUACUUCGAUUACUGGAAAUGCAUCGACAAGCAUGUUGCUGAGAAGCUCUUUGAUAGCUUAAAAUGACAAGGAAAUUGUUCUCUCUAGCUACUUUUCACUCAACAGUGGUAAUAAAUAGUAUCACUUGCACGCCUUAUUGACAAUUCAGGUCUUUAUCAUCAUAUAUGUAAAAGAAGGUUUUGCCUGUCGGGUAACACGACAGUUUUUCUGCGGCCACUUUACGUUUUGUUGUUGUCAGAGGCGUUGCUGGCUCACGAUAUAAUUUUGUUGUGAAUUGAGAUAUUCCCAGGACUGAGUGAGGACUAAAUGCUGCCAUUUUUUCCUA